ACAGCAAGAAAAAGCUGUGAGACCAUGACAGGGAAUUUACACAAUGAGCCGUCAGCCCCACUGAGGAUUAUUUGAAUGCAUGGCAUUAUAAAGGCUUUGACCAACAAGUUACAGGUUGGGCACAGUACACAAAGUGGCGGCAUCUCUUCUAGUUAGGCCACCUACUAGAAUACAUUUCUAGCACCAGUGAACACGACGCGGGUUAUUCUCGUGUUGCAAAUGACCAACUCGCGUUAUGUGAGCCUUGUGGAAAAAUCAGUGCCCAUGAACAACGGUCUUGCAUUUGAAAUACCAGCUCGCAAUUGUUUCUGAUUACAUGCGGUUCCUGUGCUGCAUUUGCACACUUUGAAAGAGGGCGUUGUGUAAAAUCCAAGAUGAUUAAAAAAAAAAAUGGUUGCAGCUUGCACGUUUUGAUGGAUGUUUAUCUUGCCACCGAUUGUUACGUUCAAAUGCUCCACGCUGUUGCGUUUCCAAAACCACAGCAGCUUGAGACGCAUUGAUUCCCGAUGAGUGCAUUGUUUAAUCUGGCUGAGGGGUAGCGGAAAGCAGAGGGGAUACGGCAAGUGUGAAGUGUUUGCGGUGCCAAGUUGAUUCCUCAGCCUCCUGCCAUUCGGUGUGUUGAUUUCAACAGUUGCUGAUGUUUACAGCGCGCUGCCCGCUGCAAUAAUGUCUUUGGCUGUAAAGCAGAUUAAUUUAUAACUAGAAGCACGGAGAGGAAACGAGGCUGGCUGGUGGGUUUUGUUUUGUUAGAGGAUUGUAAUCUCUGCACGAUGGUCAUGAGGUGGAAGAAGGAACUGCAGAUGCACGUUUACACAGAAGAUAGACACAACAUGCUGGAGUAACUGAGCUGGAGUAACUGAGGCAGCAUUUUGGAGAGAAGGAAGGGGUGACGUUUCUGGUCGAGACCCUUCUUCAGACUGAGAGUCAGCGAGGGGGAUACUGGAGUGAGAACACCUUCAUGGCGACUGGUUUGACAGACCCCAAGAUGCAGGAAACUGAAGGGCCCACUGAAGAUAGCUCAGGAAAGAAGAGGCUAAAGUUCAAAUCACUCAAGAAGCUGUUUGUCAAAAAGAAAAAAAAGGAGUUGAUAACUCCGUCAACAAAGAGCAACAUGAAGCAAAGUCAGUCAACGAGUGACGUCACCGGCCCAGAAGCCCGCACUCCAGAUCUUGACUCCGACGAUGAGCAAAGUGAUCUUAAAAGUGUCAUGGGAAUUCGGGCUCUGUCACACGACAGCAUCUUCAUCCCAGACACAUCUGUGCAGCAACCUGCUCAGCCCGUUCGAGUGUUUUCACAAGAGAGUGUAUCUGCGCCUAUCAGAGCUUUACAGUUAAAAGUACAGCAAAAUAUUAAACUGGGACCACCUCCGACAUCAAUACAGGCAAAGAAGAUGGAAGAUACCGGUGCAAGUUCUGAAGAUGAUGGAUUGCCCAGAAGUCCACCGGAAAGCUCCCCUAUCCAUGAAGCUUUAGCACGUAGCCAGCUAGCCAAGUACUCUGACCAUUACAAGAAUCAUAGCUCUUUGACUUUAGGUGGGACAGGCAGCGAAGAAGAAGAGCAGAUUUCUCCGGGACCUUCCUCCCGAUCCAACAGUCCCCUCUUUGCGGUCAUUCAGACACGGUCACGGGUGAGGUCGCAAAGUCCCACGUCACCGCUGGUUCAUAUCUCGUCUUCUGAAAGCCCCGCUUCACCUGUGGUGGACUUCAGCACCCCGCCUGUGCUGUCCAUCUGCUUGGAUAACUCAGCAGCGAAACACAGACUGGCGGUGAAACCACGGAACCAGCGGUCCCAUACCAAGCGAAGAUCCUCUUCUAGGUUACUUUCUGACGGGCCGAGUGAAUCGAUGUAUAAUGUGCCCGAGCUAACGGAAGAAAACGAACAAGGUCUCACCAAGGACAAUGCAGGAGCUGCCAUUCCUGAAAUGGACCCGGAGCAAAGAGCAGAGUGUCCAACAACAGUUCUCCCUCAGGGACAAUCUCUGGCGCUGAUUGAGCCUUCCCUGGUAAUGCCAGAACCUUUCAACAGUAACGAACAAAGAUCUGAUGAGUUUCCCCUUGAGAACAUCACAGGCCACCAAGGUGCUGACAUUGAUCAUUCAAAUACAUGCUCUGAACCAUCAGUUCCAUCAGAAAUGGCCGGAGAUGCCAUGACACCAAUGGAGGUUGACACUUUGGAUGUGAGUGCUACCCAUGUCUCCACGUUGCCAGGCACCCUGCAGACAGCAUCUACCGCUGUGACCUCCGAUUAUUCCACUUCACUUGAUGUUAUUCAUCCAUUAAAUCAGGGGAAAGAUGUAAGUCUUUGGGAAGCUGCUGCGAAUCCUGCAGCAUUCGACACACAUGCAGUGCACGUCAAUGCAUUCUCUGCUGAAGAGGCUGUACGGGCAACGCAGACGCUGACUCAGACAGACAUAAUAUUGAUGGACCACGACGAGCCAUCUCCAAGUGCCCCUGAGGGACCAGAAAGCAGUGAAGGGGAAUCGUUGCAAGAAGAUCUAGGCACCUGCAGCCAACAAGCAAUGAUGGAACCAACGGCAGAGGAACCUUUCGCUUGUUCAACCAAGCAUGUGGUGAAAGAAAAAGAAGACACAAUGGAUAAUGUGCCUGAAAACUUCAGCAGUAUUGCAUUGCCUCUGACGUCCGAGGUGUAUUCCCAGCCUGCAGAAAAUUAUUCCAAAACAUCGAAGGAACUUUCCGUUUCGGAAAAUACUGAUGGCAGCAGCCUGGAAGAUAAAGAUGCUGCAGUGUUUCAGGAAGCCAACGCUAAAAUGUUUGAAGAGAAAACAAGAAGCCAUCAGGGUUCUUUUAAGAAAAAUAGCCAGGGAUCCUUUAAAUUCUCCAUUUCCUCAGCUUGGAACAGGUCCAGGCGCAGUGGCGCGAAAUGGAGCGGUGAGCCUGCAGCAGAGCCCGAUGUUGCACACAAAACCUCCCCUCAGAAAGCCACCUCCUCACCUGGAAAAGAGAACCAGGCAAAGGAUGAAGGCAUACCACCCCCUCCUGAACCUCCUGCAGCUAAGAUUGAUGCACAUAGGCAGGAGAAGAUGGAGGAAGCGCAGGAGAAAGAUGAAGAGGGGAGAGGGGCGUUUGGUGUUCGACUCCGCAGUACAUCCCAUUGCCUAAAAUACAAGGACGUUUCUCACACGGAGCACAAAGAGCCGCCAGCCAAAAGCCACAGUGCCGAGGUCCCCUUGGAUUCGGGUGGGUGUCCAUCGCAACCCAAUGCCGACAAGGCAGAGGUCAAAAAGCCGCCCGAAGUAUCCACACCGAUCGAUGACGGGAAAUUGAGUACGAAAUCUUCUGAAAAUCUUGCCGUAAGGCCACCCUUACCGAAGAAACCUGCUCUGCAAAGUUUGAACGCUCCCGUGACAGCCAUGGACAAACCCAAGGCAACCAAGUCGGUGCAGGAAAGACUUAAAGAUACAGAGAAGAAAUCAAGUGGCAGUAAAAACUCCGAGAAAUCUGUUGAAGUCUUGCAAGAUGGAUCUUGUGAAGAAGGUAGUAAUGCAGACAAAGGGCAACCCUUUACCAAAAAUGCACAGGACAAUGGCUCUGUUACGGAGGACUCCGCAAUACCAGCUUGGGUGACUAUGGCAAGGCAAAAGCAAAAGGGUUACCAAGAGCAAUACAUCGGCAAAGAAGCUAAGGUGCCAACCAAGGAAGUCAAAGCUGUAACCGAGAAGCAAGAGAUUGAGAAGGAGGCCACAAAUACACCAGUUGACUCGAAAAGCACUCCCUCCAAGUCGUCGACCUUGGGCAAACCUACCCAGGAAAGUAGAGUGGAACUGAAGCCAUGUUUGGCAGAACCCCAGAAGAAAGCUUCUCCCAAAACAAGUCCUGUGACAGUAAAUAAGCAUUCGUCAUCAACGACACAGAACACCGCCGACAAAGAUGGAAAAGAUCAACACAGCAAAGAUAAAAUCUCCCCUUCAUCCAACCAGCCAUCGUGGAUGGAACUUGCGAAGAAAAAGGCAAAAGCUUGGAGCGAUAUGCCACAGAUAAUCAAGUAGCCACUCCUGGGGAAGGUCCACAUUACACCUGAAAAUCUACUAGCUGCUAGCUACUGAAUGUGUAUUAGUUUGUCUGCAAUGUUGAUUGAUGAAAAGGUAGAAUCCUGUUUUGACAAUCUGUAGGUGGUACUUAACUUUCUUUGGCUUCUC